AUGGAAGAGCUCCACAAGCACGUCGAUCUGCUUCAACAAGAGUUGGAGCAGGAGAGGGAGCUGGCUCUCAAAUACUACAGCCUGUGCUCGACACUCACCUUCGCCGUCGACGAGAAGAAGCUCGAGCUGGAGCUGGAGCAGAAGGCCCGGCUCGAAGCCCACGAUACUCUCGUCGAGCAGAAGAAGCGACUCGAAGAGGAUUUGGCCAAGGAGCGCGCCGCGAAUGAGGCGACGAUUAGCGAUUUAGCGUCUCAGCUCGCGCAACUCGAGGCCGAGCACAAGGCGCAGCUGAUCAACAAUCCUGAGAUCGCGAAAUGGAGGGACGAAUGCGCCAUCGCGAAGAGAGAGCUGGAAUUGGCGAAGCAGGACGCGCAGGAUUUCGAGCUCGAAAGGAAUCUCGCGCGCGAGGAGAGCGAGCGUUGGCGUGACGCGAACGAGAUCCGCAAAUUCGAGGUGGCCGAGAAGACCGUCCUCAUCGAGUUUGCCUCCCGGGAACGCGCAGAGCUCGCGGCACAGGUGACCGCCCUCAGGGCCGUCAUCGAGGAGAAGACCGAGCUGCACCUGGCACGUGAGAAGGAGCUCUCUACACAGCUGGCGGCCGUCGAGCAGCGCCUGGAGGAGGUCCGCAACCAACUAACGGCCGAGCGCGACGCCAGGGGCGAGGAACAGCGCCUCCACGCCGCCCUCAGGUACUAG